AUGGCGUCACUUGGCGAGCCUGUACGUCUGGAGAGAGAUAUCAACCGUGCUAUUGAACUGCUUGACAAACUCCAGAGGACAGGGGAGGUUCCUCCUCAAAAGCUGCAGGCCUUGCAGAGGGUCUUGCAGAGUGAAUUCUGCAAUGCUGUCAGAGAAGUUUAUGAGCAUGUGUACGAGACUGUGGACAUUAACAGCAGUCCAGAAGUCAGAGCAAAUGCUACAGCAAAGGCAACCGUGGCAGCUUUCGCAGCGAGUGAGGGACACUCACAUCCACGUGUGGUGGAGCUGCCCAAAACAGAAGAAGGCCUGGGAUUCAACAUAAUGGGUGGAAAGGAACAAAACUCUCCCAUUUACAUCUCACGGAUCAUCCCGGGAGGCAUCGCCGACCGUCACGGUGGCCUAAAGAGAGGUGAUCAGCUGCUGUCUGUCAACGGUGUGAGCGUGGAAGGUGAGCACCACGAGAAAGCUGUUGAACUACUUAAAGCAGCUCAGGGCACAGUGAAGCUGGUAGUGAGGUACACCCCCAAGGUCCUCGAAGAGAUGGAGUCACGUUUUGAGAAAAUGAGGUCGGCGAAGCGUCGGCAGCAGAACAACUAUCCCCAGUAG